GGUUUGCUCGGCGUUAGCUGCGUUGCGCUCCGCCUGAGGCUUCGUUGGGAGGGCCGGGGCCGUGCCGGGUAGUUUGUGGCGAUUUGUGUCGAACGCCUCGAGAAAGUUUAUUCUGAAGGCUGUCACUGCGUUUGUAUGGAUUUGGAAGUGAGAGGAAUUGCUGCAUCCCCUCGAAGGCAGACUCAGCUGUUGUCGAAAGAGAAGAAAUGUCAGGGUUGGAGACCAGAUACACGUGCUGCUCGGGGUCCUCGCCCCCCAGAGGUGCCAUGCCUAGAUCUAGGGAGGCUGGGAGAUUCUGAUGAUGAGGAUGGGAACUCUUACGUACCGUGCAGUAGAAGUUUUCCUCACACACGCUCUCUAAAUUCAUCUUCGGAUUGGAGAACGUCGUUAGAAAUGCCACAUGGGCAGCAUCUACCAUCUCAACAGAAGACACUACCAGAAAAUCUGCCAACCCCUACAGACAAAUAUAAACUGAAGUAUCAUCAGUAUGAAGCAGAUAUGAAGGCAGAGUAUAAGCAGCACACUGAGAGAACUGCAGUAAAGAAAAGAAACCACCUCCAAUGUCCAGAAGCUUCAGUAAAGGGUUCACGGUUUGAAGAUGGGCACAAUGGUGGUCUUACAGCUCUUGAUGAGAAAGCUCUCCUGCAACAGUGCUACACAAGCAAGCCCUACAAUAUGCAGCACAGUCUGAGGAAAUCAGAAGCUGAGGAUGUUGCUGCAGAGAGAAAGAAACAGGCUGUAGUAGAACAAGUGAUGCUAGAUCAGUUAUGCAGAGCUGUCAUAAGUGAUCCAGAACAAUCCACACGAGGUGAUGUUUCCAAGGAAGCUCAUGGACAUUUGGGACUUGGGACUGCACCCAUGCGUUUUAGAAAAAGAACACUGCAUGAAACAAAAAUAAGGACAAAAUCAGGAUUAACUGAAAACAUGCUGUCUAACAAGCUACGCUUUGAUAGUAGGAUUAUAUCCAGAAAUGGUCGUGAUGCUUGUAGGGACUUGAUUGGAUUCUUUUUUACAUGUGACAAAUCCCUUACUGUAUAUGAAUUCCGACAGUUUGGAAAAAAUAGAACAAAUGCCUUGCCUUUCAUUCAGAAGGGAGUUUAUCAACAUCAGCGAGGACAAAAGAAGGGAGAAGCUUAUGAUCUCAGUGAUUUCUACAUCGGAGCUAACCUAACUUUCCAAAGUGUUGAUCAUAAUCUUCCAAAAAGCGUCAAGCAGAAUCCAAUUCUGACCCUUCGUGUAAUAGGUAUUGAUGAAACUGCUAUGGAUUUUCUAAAAGAUUCCUCCUUGAAAUUCAACCAAGAAUAUUCUGAGCAAUUGAUUGAUGACGGCAGAGUGUUCAAGAAAAUUCAAGGUAUGCUCAGAGAGACUUUAAGUAAAAGAGGAGUUAGAGUUGUAACAGGCUUAGGAAAAUAUUUCCGACACAUAGACAAGAACGGCAAUGGUUUUCUUUCUCAGGCAGACUUUAAAGAAGCUCUAAAGCUAUUCCAUUUGGAAGUGUCUGAACAGGACUUUGAAUCCUUAUGGCUUAUUCUUGAUGAUAGCAAGAGUGCUAAAGUCGACUAUGGAGAAUUUAUUCAUGCUAUAGCUGGAGAAAUGAAUGAAUAUCGGAAAGCAUUUGUAAGAAAAGCUUAUAUGAAACUAGAUUUCAACAAAACUGGAAGUGUUCCCAUGGUAGACAUCAGAAAAUGUUACUGUGCAAAGAAACAUCCUCUAGUGUUGGCAGGCAAAGCUACAGAAGAAGAAAUUAAAGUGUCAUUUCUAGAGACAUUAGGAGAAUCCUGCAGCAAUCCUGAAGAAGUGUCCUAUUCUGAGUUUGAAGAUUACUAUGAAGGAUUAAGUAUUGGAAUCACAGAUGAUGAUGAUUUUGUUAACAUCUUAAGGAACCCUUGGGGAAUUUAGAGUGGAAGAAGACAAAAAUGAGGGAGAGACUCCUCCUGAACAAAAGCAGAGCUACAUAAGGGAGGAUUUGAUCAUGAUGUGCAUUGCUUAAUAAUUAUUGCUUUAUAUUGAUAUCAAGGACUGAAAAUUUUAGAUGCUUUCAGAGUCAUACAAGACAUGGUAAGUUUCUUAGAGUGCCUGUUGAGCAGAAAUGACCACUGUUUUAAUGGAAAUGCUCUUUAUGUGCUUUCAUGGCCUGUUCCCCAUACCAGGAGGUCCAUUACAUACCAUCACUGAGUGGAUGUUUGAACAAAGAGACUUAUUUUAAAAGUAAGUGGGAAUAGAAUACUAAAAUGUAUGUAUGAGUAAUGCAAGAAAAAAAAAAAACAGUUUUAUGAUUGUUUUGACAGUGUAGGCAUGGUAUCUUUUUUUUGUUUUUCAGUUUUAUUUUAUAAAAAUAGCAUAAUUGCUCUUAAAACAUUAUGUGCUUUAUUUCUCCUUUACUGUUUUGGUGAUCAGCCUGGAAAAGGCCAUCUUCAUCCAAUUUGGAGGACGUCUGCUGUACUGAAAAUGCAGAGAAGUUCACACAAAUUAGUUUUGAAGCCAGUACCCAGCUCAUCUUUACUGAUGUUAUUUUUUCAUCUUGGUCAGGCGUCUGAAGCUGAAUGUUGAAUACCAAAGGCUUAAUAAGCACAAGUAUAUUUUUUCUGCCUAUAUUUUGCUAAAUUAUUUUCAAAUCAGAUUUGUAUGUAAAUAUCUGACUUGUCUACUUUGAAUUUCUGAGACUUUUUUUUUUAAAUUAAGCAAUUAUGUCAUUUGUCAGGCUGAUAUGCAGAACUUCGUGUCUAAUUUAAAAGUAUAGAUCAGAAAAAUCUAUAUUGAAAGAGCACCACUGCACCAAAAACUAAAUUCUGAAUUAAAAUAUUUCUUACUACUUCAGAUAUUUAGCCAGGUAAGCUUUUCUAUGUAAUAUAUCCUUUUAGUUCUGUAAGG